AUGUAUCAACAACGCAUAAUACCUCCGAACGGAUUGCCAAUUCAUGAAUCAGCUCCAACAUAUAAAAAUAGACAAUUUACUCCGUUGGGUCGAGGGGAUCCCACAAACCAGAAUAUUGUACAACAAAUGGACGAGGAAGACACCAACGCCAUUUUCCCUAAUCCUGAUGGUAAAUCUGUAGGCGGUCAUGAUUUCAUAGAUUUGGUGAAUUUGACAAAUAGCAUAACUGCUAGUUCUUUUCAAUGUCGGGAAAACGAGCUGACGGGUUACCUGAUGGUAAGCAAUCAGCACCGCCCAUGGACAUCGCAACAACGGAAGAGUAACAAAGUCGUUGCCGAACUUUUGGGGACUAGGGUUUUGAGGAUUUACGGAUUGGGUGAGGGAAAGGAUUGGGUCCCCGGUAACCUUACUUAUACGGCGAAACACAACAUUGUGGUUGUUUCACGGCGGUUUUCUGUAAGGCGGCGGUAUCGCUUCGGUCGAGGCGGCCCAUUCUUGCCGAAGCGUAGCUCUUACACAAAGUUGAUGGAGUUUCUUUCUCAUCCUUUCUAUGGAUGCUUUCGAAUUGUGCCACCGGUUCCUGAAAACGAAAGCGUGAUUAAACUGUGGUUUGUGUAUCAGGAAUUCUUACUUAUCGGACGAAAUGCAGAAGGAAAACAGGUUGACGCAGACGAACAAGGUACUGUUUUAUCAUUACAUAUCUAUUUGGCUAAGAUAGAGAUAGAGAUAGAGAUAGAGAUAGAGAUAGAGAUAGGGAUAGGGAUAGGGAUAGGGAUAGAGAUAGAGAUAGAGAUAGAGAUAGAGAUAGAGAUAGAGAUAGAGAUAGAGAUAGAGAUAGAGAUAGAGAUAGAGAUAGAGAUAGAGAUAGAGAUAGAGAUAGAGAUAGAGAUAGAGAUAGAGAUAGAGAUAGAGAUAGAGAUAGAGAUAAUGUUUAUUUUACCUUCUCUCCGCGGUUGCGGGAUAAGCGCAAAGAGGCACCGUGACCUCGGUCCAGAGCAGCAGAAGAAACGGGAGGGAGGUUUUUAUCUGAAGGGCGGGCUUAAUGCCAUAAGGCAUUCUCUAACAAUCAACCAUAAGGCCGUGCAGCAGUGUGAUUCUGCGUAUUCCAGGCAGUUACUGGCAAGGGAAGAAGGCGAGAAAGCUAAACAGGAAGAAAUGGAGCCUUAUUGGAUGGGAGCUGAAAAACCGGCACCGACACCAUCUAAUCAAUCGUCAUCAACAAAAGAGUUAUUAAGAGCAGCUGCAGCUGGAUUAACACCAAAAGAUGAUGCAAUAGCCGAAGAAAUGAGAGCAACACUAAGACAAUUGCCAUUUGACCUUGGACGAAAAGGAGAAAGAAGUCUAGAAGAAUUUGCUCGGGGUAUUGGUGAAGGUGGGAUUGGAGCAUUUCCCAAAGGCCCUGACGAUGUUGGUCCACAAAAGUUUCUUAGGGAUCAGGCACAACUUUCCGGGGACGCUGGAGAUGGAGAUGGAGGAGAUUCUGGCCGCAUUGGUAAAAGUAUGGGUCCAGAAGAAUAUGCUCAAGGCGCAAGAACAUAUCCUCAAAUUCCUGGAGUCCAAGAGGGUAUCCUAGAGGUCAAGGGCCAUAUCCUAGAGGUCCAGGGACAUAUCCUAGAGUUCAAGGGACAAUUCCUAGAGGUCAAGAUGCAUAUCCUAAAGGUCCAGGGACAUAUCCUAGAGGUCCAGGGACAUAUCCUAGAGUUCAAGGGACAAUUCCUAGAGGUCAAGAUACAUAUCCUAAAGGUCCAGGGGCAUAUCCUAGAGGUCCAGACACAUAUCCCAGAGGUCCAGACACAUAUCCGAGAGGUCCAGACACAUAUCCCAGAGGUCCAGGGACAUAUCCCAGAGGUCCAGGGACAUAUCCCAGAGGUCCAGGGACAUAUACUAGAGGUCCAGGGAUGUAUCCUAGAGGAGCAGGGACAAUUCCUAGAGGUGCAGGAGCAUAUCCUAAAGGUCCAGCAGCAUACCACAGGGGCCCGAGAGGUUUUCCUAGGAAUCCGCGAGGAUUUUCUGGACGCCCAGCAGUAUACCCCAAGGUCCCGGAGGCAUACGUUAGGGGCCCAGAAGUAUUUUCUGGUGAAUCUGAUCAACAUCCCUGGUUUUGGUAGUGGAAGGGAUCAGAGAUUAAAUGAUGAUAGCCCUGAUAGCGGUUGGGGCACAGAAGCUAAUCCUCAUGCUGGUUGGCUCCAAAAUGAGGGUCAGGGUCCACGUGAUAGUCCCAAUCCGGAACCAGCCCCGGGGUGGAAUCUGGUGGAAAUGCACGGUCCUCCACCACCUCCAGAUUGGGAAGAAUCCCAUCCAAGUACUACAGUGAGUUCUCCAGAACUACAUCCAGGACCAGAAUUGAAUGAACCCCCUCGGGAUAGUAGAGGACGCAAUAAAAAAUAUCACGGAUCCUAUUGGAAAAAGUUAAAAAGUGGCGUCCAUUUACCCAUGAAUCCACCAAGGCUUUGGACGCGACGACAAUAUGGCGAUAUCGAACGACAAUUGGAAGCAGAUCAUAUUAUUGGGAACGGGUUUAAUGACAAUUUUAAGCAGCCGAGGUUAUUUCCAAUGUAUAACAGAGAACGCCCAUACAGGCCAAAUGACCUACGAGAUAAAAUACCGACAGGUCGAGAUGACCGUUAUCUACCACCUGAGCAGAGGUCUGAAGAAUCUCCUAAUUAUGAUAUGAGUCCAGAAAUCUCACCUCACAACAGGCCAUUUAGAAGACCACGAAUUGCAUUUGAUGAGAAUGUAAAUGAAGAUGACAUUCCCAGAGGGAAUGGUAAGAUUCUAGGUCCAGGGUCUGAGGCUGACUUUCCAAAUGGUUACCGACCAAACUACAACGAUGAUUCGCAAAAUUACCCUGGGGUCUAUGGUAUGACUCAGCCUAACAGAGGUGUAUAUCCAAAGGCUGUAGAAAAUCCAUUUAUGAAGAGUAAACCAAUGAGACCAGGCAACAGCAACACACCUCGAUUCCCGCCAGAGAACAAAGCGUAUUCUAAUGGAGACCAUUCAAGUAAUUUAAAACAUGCUCUGCGGGUGGGUGGACCUCAUUUUCAGCCUGGACCAGGUUCUGAAUCAGAUUAUCCUAAGGGCUUUCAUCCUAAAAUAGCUGGUGGAAAUAUGCAAAAGGGACUGCCAUUCAAUAAUGGGCAAAGUAGACCACCGAGAAUGUACAGUCAAUUUGAAGGUGUGGGGUCAGGAGGACCGCCUCCUGAUUGGCAUAAUGAGGGCCGAUCAGGCUGGAAACCUGAUAAUUCUUGGGGAUCUUCACGUUUUAGACCUCCAGGAGAGCCGGCUUAUCAGCCUCCAGCGGGAUUAGAACAAUCGCGAAUGGGUUUACCUUUAGGCCCUCUCAAAGGAAAGGGUGGGUCACGGCUUCAUGAUUCAGGCGCAAAUUAUACUGCCAUUUCUUUCCCUGGCCAAAAAUUACCAGAUAUUGAUAUAACACAAGAUCAGGCUGGAUUUAAGCCGCGUCAAAGAAAUCUACCAACCGGGUAUGAUUUGUUGCAAAUCGCAAUAAAUAAAACUAAGGGUGAAGAUAAAAUACUGAGAACUGCUCCGAUACCUACAGUCUUAACAACAACAAUACAUCCGCUCACCAAAGAGGAGAAGUUACAACGAUUACGAAAAUAUGAUGACUUCGGAGCACCAAUACGUUGGGUUCCAUUAACUUCGCAAGCUACAAGCGAUGGACUGGCGAAAGUAACGGAUAAGGAUACUCAUAAUAAUCAACAGUUUGUUAUUGAGGGGGUACUUUAUGUUCCAAUAGUGGAUGAGAGUAUGGAUCGAUUAGGAUUAACUACGGAGGCUCUUGUUGAAGUAACAACGGCGCCUCCUAUAGUGACUCCUAAGAAUGAUUCACCAAUCGAGGUCAUCUUAAGGACGAUGGAUCUUAACAAGACCUCAGACACAGAGUGGCUGGCGUUUGAAACUGUUCUCGGAUCGAAAAGACUUUAUGACUAUGAGUGUGAUGGUGAUUCUUGCCAAUCCAGGUGCUACAAACCCAGUUGCGGUACUACGUGUGUGGGAGUUAGUUGCAAUGCCUUUUGUAAUGGACCUGGAUGUUUUGCUAUGUGCAUUGGCGAGAAAUGUACCGCGAAGUGUGAAGGAAUGAAUUGCGAGUCGCGGGCUGAGACAGUGUCACCUUAUUGUGCUAGACAACCCCAGUUAGUUUGGGGUAGAUCAGGAGUGGGAACCAACUCAAAUGUAGUGUUGGGCGCCCUCCGGCUAUGUGGAUUAAAGAAACUCUAUGGUGACUGGCAGUAG